AUGGCAGACUUCAGCGAGAUUCUGCUUGUCAUCGGCGAUUUCGGACUCUUCCAGAAGCUGCUGCUGGUGGCGUUAUGCUUCCCAGCACUCAUUAUGCCGUUUCAAAACUACAGCCUGAUCUUCACUCACGCCGGCUCCCCACGCCAUUGCAACACGGACUGGAUCCUCAAAGUGAGCCCCAACCUCACCAGAGAGGAACAGCUCAACCUCACGGUGCCCAGGAAGACGGAUGGAUCUCUGCAAAGCUGUGAGAUGUUCGUGCCAGUGGAUUGGGACAUUGAGGACAUCAGACAGUACGGCCUCAAUCAGACCACCUCGUGUUUGCAUGGGUGGCAGUUUGACACCUCCGUGUUUAAGACCACUGUGGUCUCGGAUUUUGAACUGGUCUGUGACAGGGCCAGCUUCUUAGGAAUUGCCCAAACCAUCGCUCUGUCCGGCAUCCUGUUUGGCUCACUCGUUUUUGGUCCUCUGGCUAAAUCGCUCGGGAGAAAACGAGCAACUCAGAUAUCGCUGGUCAUCAUGGCUGUCUUCACCUUGACCACAGGAUUUGCCCCGACAUUUUAUGGCUAUAUCCUGAUCCAGUUCUUUGUGGGAUUUUCUUAUGGUGGCUACCGUGUUAACAGCCUCAUACUUGCAACAGAGUGGAUUGGGGUGACCAAGCGAUCAUUACCCUCAUGCGUCAGUCAGGUCGUCAAUAGCCUGGCGCAGUGCAUCGUUGCUGGGGUCGGUUACGCCAUUCGUGACUGGCGAACUGUCCAGCUAAUCCUCACCUCUCCUCUGCUUCUUGUCCUCUUCUACGUUUGGCUGAUCCCGGAGUCGGCGAGAUGGCUCCACGAUUGUGGAGAAACCGAUGAGGCGGAGAAGCUCAUUCGCAGGGCCGCUGCCGUCAAUAAGCGUCCGGUCCCUGACAAUAUCCUGGGCAAGAUCAGCAUAGAGAGAAGAGGAAACAGAGGAGAAAUAAAAGAUCUCAUCGCUUCCCCUCAUCUGAGAAAAUAUCUCUUAGUAAUUUCAUUUGCUUGGUUCUCUCUAAACCUCUCGUACAGCUGUCUGACGUUAAACGUUGGAAACUUUGGGCUGGACAUCUUUCUGACACAGCUCAUCUUCGGGCUGACUGAGAUACCUGGUCACAUCUUGUGCAUCUGGCUGGUGGAGAUCAUGGGCAGGAAACAUUCUUUCACAUUCACUAUCCUCAUUGGUGCAAUCCUCUGCCUGCUAAUAGUGGCUGUUCCUCUAGACAAGCCACAUAUAAUCACUGCCCUCGCCACAUCUGGGAGGGUUUGUACCACUUGGGCCGUCACCAUCUGCACUGUCUACGUCCAAGAGCUCUUCCCCACUUCACUCCGUCAGGCAGCCACGGGUCUGGCUUCCAUAGCCCCCAGGGUGGGUGGACUACUGUCCCCCAUGCUCAACCUGCUGGGCAUGUACUACAGCAACAUCCCCAUUCUGGUCUUUGGUGGCCUGACUCUGGCCAGCGGGAUCUUGUCCUGCCUGCUGCCUGAGACUCGAGGGAAGGAUCUGCCUGACCAUUCCGAGGAGAUGGACAGUAGAUGGUGA